GCGUGCUCAACACCAUCGUCCAAUAUGCAUCCCGCGCCCCGGUCUUUUUUUCCCCCUUUCCUUUUUUCCACCCCAACAACUACACGCCUCCAUGCCGGUCGUCUUCUCACAUCACACUUCACUUCUUCCAGCCCCUAAAAGGAAUAGACAAAACAGGGACCAGCUCUCUUUGGAAUAUAUGGGAGGGGGGCUAUCUUGCCCAUCCCGCCUGCUGGGGCUUCGCAACAGAGCGGGGAGCGUGGAGGAAGGGAACGGUGGUGGUAACAGUCAGCACCACGCCAACAUAGCCGGAGGUCCUGCGGGAUUGAGGAGGCUAGUCACACCGCACGCCGCGGAGAAGGAAUCUUUAGUUGAUCGUUUCUCAUUUCUCGGCCGCCAGGAUCCCAGACAUCCCGCAGAAUCGGAAAGUCCUUCUCGUUCUGGAACGCGAUUAGUCUGGCCAUCUACCGAUCAGCCCCAGUGCCAGCCGCCGUUUUGCUGGCACAUCUAUCCUGGUCCGAUGGUGGAAGAAGCUGAAGCGCCACAUCCUGGUCAUGAGAGUUGA